CUUGGCCACCGAUGGAGAGACUUGGGGCGAGGCAGCUAUAGAGCACAUGAUGCCGCCUUUUCCCCAGGUUUCUCCCAUCGUCGUCAUGGGAGCUCUUGGUGGGCUGUGGCGGGGGAGAUGUGGCUGAUGCACGCGACGCCAAGGCGUGGAGAGGCGGGGGGAAAUGGCUGUGGCUGUGGCUGGGCUGUGGCGUAUGUCAUGUUCAUGGGAAAUCGGAAUCGGAAUCGGAAAUACUAUUACAUGCUACUCUACAUACAUAGUAGUACUUCUCUCCUUCACUCUGCAAUGACACUAGGCCCAUGA